AUGCCCAGUCAAGGCGCUUGUCGGGGUUCUUCAUCGCGUCCCAAACGCUUUAAUUCCGACAUGGCUCUCAACGAAUCAUGGCGGCAAUUUUAUGACACGGACGGGGAUGCUAUUGGGCGUGGCGGUGCCGGAAAAGUUUUUCGAAUAAGGCUAAGAUGUGCUGGUAUUUUGCAUGAAAGGAAAUCUAGCAUGCCUGCUUGCCUCCCCACUGGUGAAUUCAGACCAAGCUUUGAGCUUGUUAAUGACAUACCGGAUGGUAAAUCACUAGCGAUUAAAAUUAUUCGCCGUUUUCGCUGUGGGCGUGAUUCCAUCGAAAAAAUUCGCAAUGAGAUUGAAUUGAUUCGAACCCUUCAAUCCUCAAACAAGGAUUACAAUGUUCCUAGUGCCGUGGCACCUCUACUGUUUUCUGUCCACGAAGACCCAACCCAAGUAGCGAUCGUCAUGGAGUUUGCCGAAGGUGGUUCUUUGUUUGAUCUCUGUUCUCCAAAAACCUUCAAUCGACCUCCCUUGCCGUCCGGUGAUGGUGACUUCAGCGAUGGAACUACUCCACAAUCCCGGAUACCGGAAUCUUAUGUCUCUUCAGUUCUUUCAAGAAUUACUAAUGCGCUUGCAUUUAUGCACGAGAAAGCGAACAUUGUUCAUCUCGACAUCAAAGGUAUGAAAUACCCAUUUCCGGAUAAUCACCACAUAAAAGCCUGUCUUGGAAUCACAGAGAACAUCAGCCUCUCUGCGGGAACGGUGAACGUUCCAGAAUGCUUGAAGCUUCGGGAACUUAUCGCAGAAAAUAUCCUCCUCCGUAAGCCCUACCCAUCCACCGACGUCUUCAUCACGGACUUCGGACUGGCCUCUGUUUUGAACAAAUCGAAGCCGCAUAAGGAACUCGCGGGAACACCCGAUUAUGCGGCUCCGGAAGUUAUUAGCUACGACCCGGUAUCCUUCGCCACGGAUAUGUGGAGAACUUGGCAUCAUAAAGCAUAUUAUAACCUCGUUGGCAUGCAGGGGCUUUCAAACGCGUCGGACGCUGAUUAUCGUCAGUGGGACACGAAAGAGUGCGAACAUGAGGCAUUCGACUUCUGCCGAGCUUUGGCUCCUUCUCUUGACGCGUGCUAUGCUCGCAAAGCCUAUGAGCCGUCCAAAAAUAGCGAAGUGAGCGUGGGAGUCUUGGCCUACUUCCUUCUGACCGGCGUGUCACCCUUCCUGGCGGAGAGCAAGGCGCUGACGCUGAGCAACAUUACCCAAAUGAAGAUCGACUACCCUUCGCAUCUGUUUGAAGUCGUCUCGCCGCUAGCUCUCGACUUUAUCCGCUCUCUUAUCAAACGUAAUCCCAAGGCACGUCUCUCGGCCUCUCAGUGUUGCCAACACGAGUGGCUUCUGCAACAAACUCAACAAAAGCAGGCUAAGGUUGAAGUUCUGGCUGAAGACGUUGGUGCUGGGGGAAGCGGCGAUGAGUCCACCUCUUCUACCUCCUCAUCAUCUUCAACGGCUUCUCCAACGCGGAAACGUCUCGCGUUGGACGACACUGUUGUAGGUAGUCAGGAGAACGUGGAGACCGGAAGGUCGCCGGAGGCGCUGACUGCAUUAGCGGUGGUUGGCGGGUGCCGUAAAGCGCUGACGUCACGAACGCUCUUUAAUCUGGAGGGUCUUCCACGUCAUCACUCGCCCGGCAGUGGUAGCAACUCCUAUCGACACCAUCAUUAUCACCACCAGCCGCGACGACGCUCCGUCCUUGCCUCCAUCUCGCCACCAACCACUGUAACAGAGAGAAGACGAACGCCAUCUAUUGGCGAUCAGAACUUGGAGGAGUUCGGUUUCUCUCAUUCUCAAAGUCUAUUCGUUUAG